GUCCUGGCCGCGUCCCCGUCGCUAGGGAAACAGUAGCCGCUUGAGGCCGCUUGAGGCCGCGCGAUGCCGAGCGCUAAGGAGCCGGCUGCGCGGUCUGAGGAGAACGCGGAGGAGGAACGCGACGCAGACCCGCGACUGCGACUCCUGGGGGCCUACGUGGUCCAGAGCCUGCGGCCGGCCGCGGGCGCCUGGGAGCGCUGCGCGGGCACCGCCGAGGCGGAGCAGCUGCUCCACGCUUUCCUGGGGCGCGAUGCUGAGGCGGGGCAGCGACCGCUGCUGGUGGUGCGGCCCGCGCCUGGGGGCCUGGCGGUGCGACCCGGGCUGGACACGGGACCCGAGUCCGGCCUGCCCCGCGCUAAGGGCCUCUUUUUCCUGCGCACCAAGCCCGAGCCACCGGGACCCAAUAGCCUCCGCGGUGCAGUGCUCUGCGGGGACGUGCCCUCAGCGCCUCUGGAGCACCUGGCCGCGCUGUUCUCUGAGGUUGUUAUCCCCGUCUUGGCCAGUGAGAAGAACCAUCUAGACUGGCCCCACGUGGUAUGUCAAGACAUUACUCGACAUGCCCACAAUCUCCAGUGUGACCUCCUGGUUAUCCUUGAACAAGUGAAGGGGAAAACUUUGCUGCCUCUUCCAGUAGGCUCAGAAAAAAUGGAGUUUGUGGAUUCUGAAAGUGAGACUGUGUUGGAUUCCACAAAUAAGUCAGUCAUCUAUGCCCUUGAGUCUGCAGUGAUCCAAUGGAGUCACCAGGUCCAGGUGGUACUCAAGAGAGAGUCUUCCCAGCCACUUACACAAGGGGAGAAUCCUACCCCUAAGGCAGAGUUGGAGUUCUGGAAGAGCAGGUCUGAAGAUCUGGAAUACAUUUAUAAUCAACUAAGAACAAUAAAGGUGAGGGGCAUGGCUGGGCUCCUGGACAAGUUUCAGAGCAGCUACUUCCCAGCCUUCCAAGCCAUGUUCAGUGAUGUUGUAGCAGCUCUAACAGAGGCACAAGACAUUCAGACACACCUAAUGCCCCUUCAUCGCCACCUGGAAAUCCUCGAGGAAGUGGAGUUUCCAGAGGUGAAACCCCGGCUACAACCUCUGCUUCAUGUGGUCUGUCUGAUUUGGGCCAUGUGUAAGUCAUACCGCUCCCCAGGGCGGCUCACUGUACUGCUCCAGGAGAUCAGCAACCUUCUUGUCCAGCAGGCCUCUAAUUAUCUCAGCCCAGAAGACCUCCUGAGAAGUGAGGUAGAAGAAAGUCAUAGAAAGAUGCAUGUGGUGAUGGGUACCUUGAACUUCUUCAAGGAGGUUUUUCAGGACAGGAGGGAGAAUCUCCAUACUUACUUCAAAGAGAACCAGGAAGUCAAGGAGUGGGAUUUUCAGUCUUCCUUGGUCUUUGUGCAACUGGAUGGCUUCCUGGGACGACUGCACAUAGUAGAGGAUCUUCUGAAGACAGCUUUAGAUUUCCACAAAUUGGGAAAGCUUGAGUUUAGUGGCAUCAGAGGGAAUGCCCUGAGUCAGCAAGUCCAGCAAAUAUACGAUGAAUUUCUAGAGAUGUACAAGGUCUUCUCAGAGUCCUCCUAUGACUGCUUGGACCCCAAAAUUAUGGAAUUUGAAAAUGACAUCUCUGAAUUUAACCGGAGGGUAGAGGAUUUUGACAGAAGACUGGGGACUAUCUUUAUUCAAGCUUUUGAUGAUGCACCUGGAUUGGAGCAUGCUUUUAAGUUGCUAGACAUAGCAGGAAAUCUCCUUGAAAGACCACUGGUAGCACAGGAUGCAUCUGAUAAAUAUUUAAUGCUCAUCCAAAUGUUCAAUGAAGACCUGGACGCGGUGAGGACACUCUACAGUCAGCAUGUCCAGGAGGAGGCAGAACUUGGGUUCUCUCCAGUGCACAAGAACAUGCCCACUGUGGCUGGAGGUCUUCGCUGGGCACAGGAGCUGAGGCAGCGCAUCCAGGGUCCCUUCAGCAACUUCAGACGCAUCACACAUCCUUGCAUGGAAUCUGCUGAAGGAAAGCGAAUGAUACAAAAAUAUGAAGAUACGGUCUCAUUGCUGGAAAAGUAUGAGACAAGACUUUAUGAAAACUGGUGUCAGACUGUAUCAGAGAAGUCACAGUACAACCUUUCUAGGUCGCUUCUGAAACGCGACCCAGAGACAAAGCAGAUCACUGUCAACUUUAACCCACAGUUGAUUUCAGUGUUGAAAGAAAUGAGUUAUCUUGAACCCAGGCAGAUGAAGCACAUCCCUGAAACAGCAGCAGCCAUGUUCUCCUCCAGGGAAUUCUAUCGGCAGCUUGUGGCUAAUUUGGAAUUGAUGGCAAAUUGGUACAACAAGAUUAUGAAAACUCUGCUGGAGGUGGAAUUUCCAUUAGUGGAGGAAGAGCUGAAAAACAUUGAUUUCUGCCUGAGAGCAGCAGAGGAGACUAUGAACUGGAAAACAGAAGGCAUUUGGGAUUAUGUCAUUAAAAUUACCAAUGAUAUUCAUGAUCUCGAACAAAGAAUUCAGAGAACUAAAGACAACGUGGAAGAGAUUCAAAAUAUCAUGACAACAUGGGUGUCUCCAAUAUUUAAGAGAAAAGAUGGAAAAAAGGAAUGCCUUCUUUCCAUGGAAGAUCAGCAUGAUAGGAUGGAAAAAUACUACAAUCUCAUUAAAGAAUCUGGUCUUAAGAUCCAUGCCCUUGUUCAGGAAAACCUGUGUCUGUUUUCAGCAGACCCAGCCUCCAAUAUCUGGAAGACUUAUGUUAAUUACAUUGAUGAUAUGUUGCUGGAUGGAUUCUUUCUUGCCAUUGAGUGCUCCCUCAAGUACCUCCUGGAAAAUACUGAAUGUAAAGCAGGAAUCACCCCAAUCUUUGAAGCACAGCUGAGUUUAGCAAUCCCAGAAUUAGUUUUCUCUCCAUCUUUGGAGUCUGGAGUGAAGGGUGGCUUCUAUGACAUUGUUGAGGGUCUUGUCACCAGCAUUUUUGGAAUAUCAUCUUUGGUGCCACGACUUUCCUCACAAAAUGGCUCUCCCCACUAUCAGAUUGACAUGGAAGGUAUGGCUGAUUUGGUAAGCAUGAGGAGUUUGCUCAUGGAAAGGGUCCAGAGCAUGAUGACCCUCUGUUACAGCUAUCGGAACACCUUCAGCCAAUAUUCCUACCUCUAUGUGGAGGAUCGAAAGGAGAUUCUGAGUCAGUUUCUGUUGUAUGGGCAUGUCCUCACACAUGAGGAGAUUGAAGCCCAUGCAGAAGAUGGUAUCCCAGAGAACCCACCGUUACUCCAUCAGUUUAAAGCACAGAUUGACUCCUAUGAAAAGCUCUAUGAAGAUGUGUGCAGGUUGGAGCCCAUCAAGGUAUUUGACAGAUGGAUGAAGAUUGAUGUACGGCCCUUUAAAGCAUCUCUGCUGAAUACAAUUAAGAGGUGGAGUCUCACGUUCAAACAGCAUCUUGUUGACUAUGUCACUAACAGCUUGGCUGACCUUGAAGUGUGUAUAAAAAAUAGUGAGAGCGGUUUGCUCAAGAAAGUUGAAAAAGGAGAUUUCAAAGGAUUGGUUGAGAUCAUGGGACACCUUAUGGCUCUUAAAGAGCGACAGAGCAGCACUGAUGAGAUGUUUGAGCCUUUAAAGCAAACUAUUGAAUUGCUGAAGACCUAUGAACAAGAAUUACCAGAAACAGUGUUUAAGCAGCUGGAGGAGCUGCCUGAAAAAUGGAACAACAUAAAAAAGAUGGCCAUAACCGUGAGGCAGCAGGUGGCCCCACUGCAGGCAAAUGAAGUUACCAUCCUCCGCCAGAGGUGCACAGCCUUUGAUACUGAACAGCAACAGUUCUGGGAGCGAUUCCACAAAGAGGCUCCCUUCAGGUUUGAUAGCAUUGACCCUCAUCUAAUGCUGGAUGCCAGACACCUUGAGAUCCAGCAGAUGGAAUCUACCAUGGCCUCCAUUUCCGAGUCCGCUGGCUUAUUUGAGGUCAAUGUUCCUGACUACAAGCAACUGAGGCAGUGUAGGAAGGAGGUCUGCCAGCUGAAGGAGCUAUGGGACACAAUUGGCAUGGUGACCUCCAGUAUCCAUGCCUGGGAGAGCACCACGUGGAGGGAUAUCAAUGUGGAAACUAUGGAUUUGGAAUGCAAACGGUUUGCCAGGCACAUCCGGAACCUCGACAAGGAGGUCAGGGCCUGGGAUGCAUUCACAGGCCUGGAGAGCACUGUAUUGAACACCCUGACUUCCCUGAGGGCAGUGGCUGAGCUCCAGAAUCCGGCCAUCCGGGAGCGGCAUUGGAGGCAGCUGAUGCAGGCCACAGGCGUGAGCUUCACUAUGGACGAGGGCACCACCCUGGCGCACCUCCUGCAGCUCCAGCUGCACCACUUUGAGGACGAGGUCCGGGGCAUUGUGGACAAAGCUGUGAAAGAGAUGGGUAUGGAGAAGACCUUGAAUGAGCUGCAGAACACCUGGGCUGGCAUGGAAUUCCAGUAUGAUCCCCACCCGCGGACUAAUGUCCCCCUACUGCAGUCUGAUGAGGACCUCAUUGAGGUUCUGGAGGAUAACCAAGUCCAACUGCAGAAUCUGAUGAUGUCUAAGUACAUUGCUUUCUUCCUGGAGGAAGUGUCGGGCUGGCAGAAGAAGCUGUCCACUGCUGAUGCUGUCAUCUCUAUCUGGUUUGAUGUACAGCGCACAUGGUCUCAUCUGGAAAGUAUAUUUAUUGGAUCUGAAGAUAUCCGGGCUCAACUACCCCAGGAUUCUAAAAGAUUUGAAGGCAUUGACAUUGACUUCAAAGAGCUUGCUUAUGCUGUUCAGAAAACUCCAAAUGUAGUGGAAGCCACCAACAAAUCAGGUCUUUAUGAAAAACUGGAAGAUAUACAGAGCAGAUUACACCUGUGUGAGAAGGCCCUGGCAGAGUACCUGGAUACCAAAAGGCUUGCCUUCCCCAGAUUCUACUUUCUCUCGUCUUCUGAUCUGUUAGAUAUCCUUUCCAAUGGCACAGUUCCACAACAGGUUCAACGCCACCUUUCCAAACUCUUUGACAAUAUGGCCAAGAUGCAAUUCCAGAUAGAUGUCCAUGAGAAACCAACCAAGAUAAGUCUUGGCAUGUAUAGCAAGGAAGAAGAGUAUGUGGCCUUCAGUGAGCCCUGUGACUGCAGUGGACAGGUAGAAAUGUGGUUGAACCAUGUGCUUGCUCACAUGAAGGCCACUGUGAGGCAUGAGAUGACAGAAGGUGUAACUGCCUAUGAAGAAAAACCGAGGGAGCAGUGGCUCUUUGACUAUCCAGCUCAGGUGGCCCUGACCUGCACUCAGAUCUGGUGGACGACAGAGGUGGGCAUUGCGUUUGCCAGAUUGGAAGAAGGUUAUGAAAAUGCCAUGAAGGACUAUUACAAGAAGCAGGUGGCCCAGCUCAAAAGCCUCAUCACCAUGCUGAUUGGUCAACUCUCCAAGGGUGACCGGCAGAAGAUCAUGACCAUAUGCACCAUUGAUGUGCAUGCCCGGGAUGUGGUAGCCAAGAUGAUUGCUCAGAAGGUAGAUAAUGCCCAGGCCUUCCUCUGGUUGUCCCAGCUGCGUCAUCGUUGGGAUGAUGAGGCCAAACACUGCUUUGCCAACAUCUGUGAUGCCCAAUUUCUGUAUUCCUAUGAAUACCUGGGAAAUACUCCUCGUCUGGUGAUAACACCUUUGACUGAUAGGUGCUACAUCACCCUCACCCAGUCUCUGCACCUGACCAUGAGUGGGGCUCCAGCAGGACCUGCAGGCACAGGCAAGACAGAGACCACCAAGGACCUUGGGCGAGCUCUGGGAAUCAUGGUCUAUGUGUUUAACUGCUCAGAGCAAAUGGACUACAAGUCUUGUGGUAACAUCUACAAGGGACUUGCACAGACUGGUGCCUGGGGCUGUUUUGAUGAGUUUAACCGAAUCUCCGUGGAGGUCCUCUCAGUAGUGGCAGUGCAGGUAAAAAGCAUUCAAGAUGCAAUUCGAGAUAAGAAGCAGCGGUUCAACUUCCUUGGGGAAGAGAUUAGCCUGAAUCCUUCUGUGGGUAUCUUCAUCACCAUGAACCCGGGCUAUGCUGGCCGCACCGAACUACCCGAAAACCUCAAAGCUCUCUUCAGGCCUUGUGCGAUGGUUGUUCCAGACUUUGAAUUGAUCUGUGAAAUCAUGCUGGUGGCUGAAGGAUUCAUUGAAGCCCGGGUAUUAGCCCGAAAAUUCAUCACUCUUUACCAGUUAUGCAAAGAGCUUCUCUCCAAACAGGAUCACUAUGACUGGGGACUGCGGGCCAUCAAGUCUGUACUAGUUGUGGCAGGAUCCCUGAAGCGAGGAGACCCUGAUCGGCCUGAGGACCAAGUUCUUAUGCGCUCCUUGCGAGAUUUCAACAUUCCCAAGAUUGUGACUGAUGACAUGCCAGUGUUCAUGGGCUUGAUUGGGGACCUCUUUCCAGCCCUGGAUGUCCCUAGAAGGCGAGACCUCAACUUUGAAGCCUUGGUUAGGAAGGCAGUAGUGGAUCUGAAGCUCCAAGCUGAAGACAACUUUGUGCUCAAGGUGGUCCAGCUGGAGGAGCUCCUGGCGGUGCGGCACUCUGUGUUCGUGGUGGGCAGUGCCGGUACUGGCAAGUCUCAGGUGCUGAAGUCGUUGUAUAAAACCUAUCAGAUCAUGAAACGCCGUCCUGUCUGGACUGACCUCAAUCCCAAAGUCGUCACAAACGAUGAACUCUUUGGCAUAAUCAAUCCAGCCACACGAGAAUGGAAGGAUGGAUUGUUCUCUUCCAUCAUGCGGGAACUUGCCAACAUCACUCAUGAUGGGCCCAAGUGGAUUUUACUGGAUGGUGACAUAGACCCUAUGUGGAUUGAAUCAUUGAACACAGUCAUGGAUGACAACAAGGUGUUGACCUUAGCGAGCAACGAGAGGAUCCCUCUGAAUCCCACAAUGAGGCUCCUCUUUGAGAUCAGCCACUUGCACACAGCCACACCAGCAACUGUCUCCAGAGCAGGAAUUCUGUACAUCAACCCAGCAGACCUGGGAUGGAACCCUCCAGUGAGCAGCUGGAUUGACAAGAGGGAAAUCCAGACAGAGAGAGCCAACCUAACCAUUCUAUUUGAUAAGUAUCUUCCAACCUGCUUAGACACACUCAGAACCAGAUUUAAGAAGAUAAUUCCAAUCCCAGAGCAGAGUAUGGUUCAGAUGCUGUGCCACCUUCUUGAAUGUCUGCUGACCAAAGAGGAUAUCCCCCCAGACUGCCCCAAGGAAACCUAUGAGCUUUAUUUUGUGUUUGCUGCCAUCUGGGCUUUUGGUGGAGCAAUGGUCCAAGAUCAGCUUGUGGACUACCGGGCAGAGUUCAGUAAAUGGUGGCUGACAGAGUUCAAGACAGUCAAGUUUCCUUCCCAGGGAACCAUCUUUGACUACUACAUAGAUCCAGAAACCAAGAAAUUCGAGCCUUGGUCCAAGCUCAUCCCCCAGUUUGAAUUUGACCCUGAGAUGCCUUUGCAGGCUUGUUUGGUACACACCAGUGAGACUAUCCGAGUGUGCUAUUUCAUGGAGAGGCUUAUGGAGCAGCGGCAGCCCAUCAUGCUGGUGGGGACUGCGGGCACAGGCAAAUCAGUGCUGGUGGGAGCUAAGCUGGCCAGCCUGGAUGCUGAGGAAUAUGUGGUGAAGAAUGUGCCAUUCAACUACUACACAACAUCAGCAAUGCUACAGGCUGUCCUGGAAAAGCCUCUAGAAAAGAAGGCUGGCAGAAAUUAUGGCCCCCCGGGCAACAAGAAGCUUAUUUAUUUCAUUGAUGACAUGAACAUGCCUGAGGUGGAUGCCUAUGGGACUGUGCAGCCACACACUAUCAUCAGGCAGCAUCUGGACUAUGGCCACUGGUAUGAUCGGAACAAACUGUCCCUAAAGGAAAUCAUGAAUGUACAGUAUAUUUCCUGUAUGAACCCCACUGCCGGGAGCUUCACCAUCAACCCAAGACUUCAGCGUCACUUCAGUGUAUUUGUCCUCUCCUUUCCGGGAGCAGAUGCCCUGUCCUCCAUCUACAGCACCAUCCUGACCCAGCACCUAAAGCUUGGAAACUUCCCAGCAGCACUGCAGAAAUCCAUCCCCCAGCUGAUCAAUCUGGCCCUUACCUUCCACCAGAAAAUUGCUACCACAUUCCUGCCCACAGCGAUCAAAUUCCACUACAUCUUCAAUCUUAGAGACUUUGCCAACAUUUUCCAGGGCAUUCUCUUCUCCACAGUGGAAUGUGUAAAAUCCUCACAGGACCUAGUAAAGCUUUACCUACAUGAAUCAAAUAGGGUUUAUCGGGACAAGAUGGUGGAAGAAAAGGACUUUGAUCUUUUUGACAAAAUCCAGUCAGACAUGGUCAAAAAAAUUUUUGAUGGUAUUGAACAAACUACAGAGCAGACCCAAAGUUUGAACAUGUAUUGUCAUUUUGCAAAUGGCAUGGGGGAACCCAAGUAUAUGCCUGUACAAUCAUGGGAGCUAUUGACACAGACCUUGGUAGAAGCCUUGGAGAACCACAAUGAAGUCAACACAGUGAUGGACCUGGUUCUUUUUGAGGACGCUAUGCGCCAUGUCUGCCAUAUCAAUCGUAUCUUGGAGUCACCGCGGGGAAAUGCUCUACUGGUUGGUGUAGGUGGAAGUGGCAAGCAGAGUCUGACCAGGCUUGCAGCUUUCAUUAGCUCCAUGGAUGUAUUCCAGAUCACACUGAGGAAAGGCUACCAGAUCCCCGACUUCAAGGUAGACUUGGCCAGCUUGUGCCUGAAAGCUGGGGUGAAGAAUGUCAGCACAGUGUUUCUUAUGACUGAUGCCCAAGUGGCUGAUGAAAAAUUCCUUGUUCUAAUCAAUGAUCUCUUGGCAUCUGGAGAGAUACCAGAUCUCUACCCUGAUGAUGAAGUUGAAAAUAUUAUAAGCAAUGUGAGAAAUGAAGUCAAGAGCCAAGGUCUGGUUGACAACAGAGAGAACUGCUGGAAGUUCUUCCUAGACCGUGUCCGACGACAACUAAAGGUGACUCUCUGCUUCUCUCCUGUGGGGAACAAACUGAGGGUGCGCAGCAGGAAAUUCCCAGCCAUUGUGAACUGUACAGCUAUUGACUGGUUCCAUGAGUGGCCUCAGCAGGCAUUAGAGUCUGUCAGCCUCCGCUUUUUGCAGAACACAGAGAGUAUUGAGCCCACAGUCAAGCAGUCUAUUAGCAAGUUCAUGGCUUUCGUCCACACAAGUGUGAACCAAACCUCGCUGUCUUAUCUGAGCAAUGAGCAGCGCUACAACUACACAACCCCCAAGUCAUUUCUGGAGUUCAUCAGACUCUACCAAAGUUUGCUGCAAAAGAAUGGAAAAGAGCUCAAAUCCAAAAUGGAGCGGCUGGAGAAUGGGCUGCUUAAGCUCCAUAGCACAUCAGCCCAGGUGGAUGAUCUAAAAGCCAAGCUGGCCACCCAGGAAGUGGAGUUGAAGCAGAAGAAUGAAGAUGCAGACAAACUAAUUCAUGUAGUAGGUGUAGAGACUGACAAAGUGAGCAGAGAAAAAGCCAUUGCAGAUGAAGAGGAGCAGAAGGUGGCCCUCAUCAUGCUAGAGGUGAAGCAGAAGCAGAAGGACUGUGAGGAAGACCUGGCCAAAGCAGAGCCAGCACUCACAGCAGCCCAAGCAGCUCUCAACACUCUCAAUAAGACCAACCUGACAGAACUGAAGUCUUUUGGUUCUCCACCUCUGGCUGUCAGCAAUGUCAGCGCUGCGGUUAUGGCUCUCAUGGCCCCAGGGGGCAAGGUACCCAAGGACCGAAGCUGGAAGGCUGCUAAGGUCACCAUGGCCAAAGUGGAUGGUUUUCUGGACUCCCUAAUCAAUUUUGACAAAGAGAACAUUCACGAGAACUGCCUCAAAGCCAUCAGGCCAUAUCUGCAGGACCCUGAGUUCAAUCCGGAGUUCGUGGCCACCAAAUCUUAUGCAGCCGCGGGCCUCUGCUCUUGGGUCAUAAACAUUGUAAGAUUCUACGAGGUGUUCUGUGAUGUGGAACCCAAGCGCCAAGCAUUGAGCAAAGCCACUACGGACCUCACUGCUGCCCAGGAGAAACUAGCAGCCAUCAAAACUAAGAUUGCUCACCUGAAUGAAAACCUGGCAAAACUCACAGCCAAGUUUGAGAAAGCAACGGCAGACAAACUCAAAUGUCAGCAAGAAGCCGAAGUGACCGCAGGCACCAUCUCCCUUGCAAAUCGCUUGGUGGGAGGACUUGCUUCUGAAAACGUGAGGUGGGCAGAAGCUGUGCAGAACUUCAAACAACAGGAAAGGAAAUUAUGUGGAGACAUUUUGCUUAUCACGGCUUUCAUCUCAUACCUUGGCUUCUUUACAAAGAAAUACCGGCAGAGCCUCAUGGAUGGGGCCUGGAGACCUUACCUGAGUCAGCUGAAAGUUCCCAUUCCUGUCACCCCCACCCUGGAUCCCCUGAGGAUGCUGACGGAUGAUGCCGAUGUGGCUGCCUGGCAGAAUGAGGGCCUCCCUGCAGACCGCAUGUCCAUGGAGAAUGCCACCAUCCUCAUCAACUGUGAGCGCUGGCCACUCAUGGUUGACCCUCAGCUACAAGGCAUCAAAUGGAUCAAGAACAAAUAUGGCGAAGACCUGAGGGUCACCCAGAUUGGUCAAAAAGGUUACCUUCAAACCAUAGAACAUGCCCUGGAAGCUGGAGAUGUGGUGCUGAUUGAAAACCUAGAAGAGUCCAUUGAUCCUGUUCUGGGUCCCCUGCUUGGGAGAGAAGUCAUUAAAAAAGGAAGAUUCAUUAAAAUUGGAGACAAAGAAUGUGAAUAUAAUCCUAAAUUCCGGCUCAUCCUUCACACCAAGCUGGCCAAUCCUCACUACCAGCCUGAGCUGCAGGCUCAGGCGACCCUGAUCAACUUCACUGUGACCAGGGAUGGCCUGGAGGACCAGCUGCUGGCUGCUGUGGUCAGCAUGGAGAGGCCAGAUCUGGAGCAGCUAAAGUCAGACCUCACGAAGCAGCAAAAUGGAUUCAAAAUCACCCUCAAAACAUUAGAAGACAACCUGCUCUCUCGCCUCUCUUCAGCAUCUGGGAACUUCCUGGGAGAAACAGCUUUGGUGGAGAACCUGGAGAUCACCAAGCAGACGGCUGCUGAAAUUGAGAAAAAGGUCCAGGAGGCCAAGGUGACAGAAGCAAAAAUCAACGAGGCCCGAGAGCAUUAUCGGCCAGCAGCUGCCCGAGCCUCUGUGCUCUACUUCAUCAUGAAUGACCUCAGCAAGAUCCACCCAAUGUACCAGUUUUCUCUCAAGGCCUUCAGUAUUGUCUUCCAGAAAGCUGUGGAAAAGGCUACUCCUGAUGAGAACCUCAAGGAGCGGGUGACCAACCUAAUAGACAGCAUUACCUUCUCUGUGUACCAGUACACCACCCGCGGGCUCUUCGAGUGUGAUAAACUGACCUACCUUGCCCAGCUUACUUUCCAGAUCCUGCUCAUGAACCAGGAAGUUGGCAUGACAGAGUUGGAUUUCCUGCUUCGAUCUCCCCUCCAGACAGGUGUCAGCAGUCCAGUGGAGUUCCUCUCCCAUCAGGCUUGGGGUGGCAUCAAGGCACUUUCAUCAAUGGAAGAAUUCUAUAAUCUGGAUCGGGACAUUGAAGGAUCUGCUAAGAGCUGGAAAAAGUUUGUGGAAUCAGAAUGUCCUGAAAAGGAGAAGUUCCCACAGGAGUGGAAGAACAAGACAGCCCUGCAGCGCCUGUGCAUAAUGAGAGCCAUGCGGCCUGACCGGAUGACCUAUGCCAUGCGAGAUUUUGUUGAGGAGAAACUAGGAAGCAAAUAUGUGGUGGGAAGAGCACUAGAUUUUGCAACUUCAUUUGAAGAAUCAGGACCAGCCACUCCCAUGUUUUUCAUACUGUCUCCAGGGGUGGACCCACUGAAGGAUGUGGAAAAUCAAGGUAAAAAACUGGGAUAUACCUUCAACAAUCGGAACUUCCACAAUGUAUCUUUGGGGCAGGGACAGGAGGUCGUGGCUGAGGCCGCGCUGGACCUAGCUGCCAAGAAAGGUCACUGGGUUAUUUUGCAGAACAUCCACCUGGUAGCCAAGUGGCUUGGCACCCUGGAGAAGAAGCUGGAGGAGCAUAGUAAGAACAGCCACCCAAAAUUCAGAGUCUUCAUCAGUGCAGAGCCUGCACCCUCCCCUGAGGGUCACAUCAUCCCCCAGGGCAUCCUGGAGAACUCCAUUAAAAUCACCAAUGAGCCUCCCACGGGCAUGCAUGCCAACCUGCACAAGGCACUGGACAACUUCACUCAGGAUACCCUGGAGAUGUGUUCCCGGGAGACAGAAUUUAAGAGCAUCCUCUUUGCUCUUUGUUACUUUCACGCGGUAGUGGCAGAAAGGCGCAAGUUUGGUCCCCAGGGGUGGAAUCGUUCUUACCCCUUCAACACCGGGGACCUUACCAUCUCUGUGAAUGUGCUCUACAACUUCCUGGAGGCAAAUGCAAAGGUCCCCUAUGAUGACUUGCGUUAUCUCUUUGGAGAGAUCAUGUAUGGAGGCCAUAUCACAGAUGACUGGGACAGGAGACUCUGCAGAACCUACCUGGAGGAAUUCAUUAAACCCGAAAUGCUAGAAGGAGAGCUGUCUCUGGCCCCAGGGUUCCCACUGCCAGGGAACAUGGACUACAAUGGUUACCAUCAGUACAUUGAUGCGGAGCUGCCUCCAGAGUCACCUUAUCUCUACGGCCUCCACCCAAAUGCAGAGAUUGGCUUCCUGACCCAGACCUCAGAAAAGCUCUUUCGCACAGUGCUGGAGAUGCAGCCCCGGGACAGUCAAGCCGGAGAUGGAGUUGGGGCCACUAGAGAAGAAAAGGUCAAAGCACUCCUGGAAGAAAUAUUGGAGCGGAUGACAGAUGAGUUUAACAUCCCAGAGCUGAUGGCCAAAGUGGAAGAGCGCACCCCCUACAUUGUGGUUGCCUUCCAGGAGUGUGAGCGGAUGAAUAUCCUCACUAGAGAGAUCCAGCGCUCACUGAGGGAACUGGACCUUGGCUUAAAGGGGGAGCUGACCAUGACCAGCGACAUGGAGAACUUGCAGAAUGCCCUGUACCUAGACACAGUGCCCGAGGCCUGGGCCCGGCGAGCCUACCCUUCCACAGCAGGCCUGUCAGCCUGGUUUUUGGACCUCCUUAACCGCAUCAAGGAGCUGGAGGCUUGGAUUGGAGACUUUGCAAUGCCCUCCACUGUGUGGCUAACAGGCUUCUUCAACCCCCAGUCCUUCCUGACCGCCAUCAUGCAGUCCAUGGCCCGCAAAAAUGAGUGGCCACUGGACCAGAUGGCACUGCAAUGUGAUGUGACCAAGAAGAACAGAGAGGAAUUCAGGAGCCCUCCUCGGGAAGGGGCCUACAUCCAUGGCCUCUUCAUGGAAGGGGCUUGCUGGGAUGCUCAGGCUGGGAUCAUUACAGAAGCAAAGCUGAAGGAUCUGACACCCCCCAUGCCUGUAAUGUUCAUCAAGGCCAUUCCUGCAGAUAAGCAGGAUUGCCGUAGCGUCUAUCCCUGUCCUGUAUACAAGACUUGUCAGCGGGGGCCCACCUACGUGUGGACUUUCAACCUGAAGACUAAGGAGAAUCCAUCUAAGUGGGUCCUAGCUGGAGUAGCCUUGCUUCUCCAAAUUUAGCUUCCUGCAGUCACUGAGAAAACGAAGCUAGUCUGGAACUGACCAGAGGGACAGGUGGGUGACACAUAGAAAGGUAAGAAAUCGUAAGCACUCACAAUGCUGUAGAAUUCCUUUAGGAAACUUGGAGAGAAGUGUCCAAAGUGAGACUAAGCUGUAAAAGUGUGAACCCAAGAACUAGGGCAGAAUUUCCUAACACCAAGUCCUUCCUAAUAAAGUGGUUUCUUCUUCAACUGU